GAGGCGCAGCGGGGGCGCUGCGGCCUGACCGCGGCCAGGGCGGGGACAUGGAGGCAGAUGUCCUGACGGCCGCACGGCCGCCUCGGCCACAGGCCCGUCCCUGCCCUCUGGAGCCCCCGCCGCCGCCUCUGUCAGCGCGCCCCGCCGGUGGGGCAGCUGCCUGCCAGCCCGGGUCACGGCGGCCGUGGUCUGUGCUCCUCAGCCUCUGGCACCCAACGCUGACCCUCAGAAACGUGUAGCAGGGGGAGGGUUUUUUCACUUGCUGGUGGUAGGCGACGUGCACAUCUGAGAAAUGAGUUGCUGUUUGAUAUUGUAUGAAUUCACUUUAGGAUAGAAUAAACCUUGUAGUUAAAAUAUAAUGAAUGUAAGAAAUAUAUUCUGAUGAAACUAGUAGUUGCACAACUAAAGCUGCUAUGAAAUCCUCUGUACAGCCCUGUAAAGGCUAAGAACUUAUAUUUGCUCAAAGAAUGUAGGUAUAGUAAUUAGGUCAUGUAACCAUAGUCUGAAAGAAAUAAAUAAUGAAAUAACUGAUGAAAGAAGGAGUCAGUUUCUCUAACUUUCUCUAACAAGGGGCCUGUUUAUAAGUUAUCUAGAGGGAGCGACUAAAAGAAACAAGCAGAAGAAACAGAUGGUCGACAAGGACAUAAAUUAGCUCAGACUGAUAAGAACACUGGAAACUUGCAAGAUCAUCAAAUACCAGGCAAAAGGUGAAAAGUACACCAUGAGGAAGACCUGUGGCCUUCCUCGCAGAGACCACCGCCCACAUCCCGAAGACCCCUGCCCACAAUUCUUGGAGGAAUUUGCGCAAGCGCAAAGGACUGAUAAGCUAAUUAACAUAUGAAGCGAGAGUAGGCAGGGUUAGGUAACGAAUAUGUAAAGGCAUUAAUGGAAUAUUCAUUGUUUUAUUGUAUAAAUAUAAGAUAGUUAGUUACUUUAGACAUGCACGUUAGGCGGAAGGAUCCCCCGUGCAUCCAGCGCUGCCAAUAAAGGAUACUUAAGUCACUAAGAAAUUUUGACUUCAUUUUUUAAAUCAAUCUGGUGACCCAGAUGGGACACCUCUCUGCUGGACUGUAGGACCCGCUGGGGAUAGGACUCCCUAGGGUACCCCCGGGAAUUCCCGGAGGGACUCCUUGACUCAAUGGAUCACUGCGGAGGCAGACAAGGACCCCAUUGCUGUAAGUGAUGGUAUUCUUUAUUUUGGUUUCUUUAUUUGGUAGACCGGUCAUUUGGAACUACCCAUAAGUCAGAAGACAAAACUUCUGCAGGGUGAUGUAUACUUUUGUGGCUAGCACCUUAAGUAUACGUUUGGUUUUGUUGGCAUUCAGUUGCCGUUUGGAGCCUGGCAAGUUAGCCUAUAGGGCUCCUUUGGUAGGGUCUUGCUUAUUAUGGUUUUCUGACUUACUGGGUGUGGAAAUUUGACUCUGAUUAUCGUUAUUGUGAUUUUGGCUAUGUUCUUGGUAAUAGUGGGUUCUUGGUGUUGCUGUAGAAAGGUACCUGCAUGUUGCAUUUUGUAAGUGUUAAGUGUAUUCUGUUAGUGUGAAGUGGGAAAAUGGGAGGAAAACCAAGUGGUGGGAUUUUAAGGAAAAGCCCUUUAGGAUGUGUUUUAAGUCACUGGAAGGAUAUUGGAGGAUCUGCUGGUGGGAACAUGAAUAAGAAAACAUUGAUAAAAUAUUGUAAUCAAUGGUGGCCGCUUUAUAAGCUGGAAUGUGGAGAAAAGUGGCCUCUUAACGGUACUAUAGACUAUAAUACUUUGUUACAGUUAAUGUUGUUCCUACGGAGAGAAGGAAGAUGGGAUGAAGUAAUGUACGCCGAUAUGUUUUUCACUCUGAGGAAUCACCCAGAGUGGCAAAAGGGGUGUGGAAUUAACCUAGCACCACAAGAUCCCUUAAUAUUGGCAAUGGAAAAGGAUAUGAGGAAGGAUGGGGCUGGGAAAUUGAAGAGGUGUUGUUCGGCAUGUAGUAUUGGACAAAGAUGUUUAAAAUUAAGCGGACCAGAGGAAAGAAUAGAGGAUUUCGUUUCGCCUCUACCUCCUGUGCAGAUAGAUGGCGGUGUAGGAAAGGAAACGGGAGCUGAAGGAAGGAGAGAUGAUUUAGAUCAAAAAGAAUUUACUGCGAUAACUGCCCGUACAAGGAGCAAAGAGGGGCCGGUAAUUCAAGCCCCUUUGCGGCAAGCUAUAGGAUCUAACGGGCCUGCCAGAAUAAAGGUGCCCUUUACCACAGAUGAGUUAGAUUCCUGGAAAGAAGCAGUAAAAGGGUACUGAGAUGAUCCGGAGGCAGUCGCUAAAAGAUUUGAGCUAAUUGUGAAAAACCUAGAUCCAGAUUGGAAUGAUAUAGAAAUAAUGCUGGCUGCAUUGUCUGAGACAGAAAAACAGCUAGUAAUUAAAACUGCUCGGACACAAGUACAGAUUCAAACAGUAACGGGAGCUCUACCAGGCACAGUGGAAGUUCACGUGCCUAGAACGGACCCUAAUUGGGACUGUAAUGAUGACAAUGAUUACCGAUUGUUAAAAAGAUACCAAGAAUGGAUAAGAAUUGCUUUGGAAAAUGCGGUACCAAAAUCGGUUGAUUGGUCAAGAUUAUAUACAAUAAAACGGGGACAAUCUGAGACCCCCACGGAAUUUCUUGACCGUUUAAGAACAGCCAUGCAAAAGUACACCACCUUAGAUCCCUCAUCUGAGGAGGGUAAAUCACAGCUGGUUUCAUUAUUCCUAAGACAAUCCGCUGAGGAUAUAAGGCGGAAACUUCAGAAAAUGAAGGAACCAGAUAUAAGAGAUCUGGAAAGAUUGGUGGAAGAGGCUUGGAGAGUGUUGAGAAAUCAGGAGGGGGAAGAAAGACAGAAAUUAGGACAAACUAUUGCUGCAGCUACUGUAGCUGCAUUGAGAAAGCAAGAACCCCCCCUUCGGGUUAGGGGUCGGGGAGUUGGAAGACGGGGAGGGCCUCAACAGUCCUUAAGAUCAGAUCAGUGUGCCUAUUGUAAGGAGAUAGGUCAUUGGAAGGGAGAGUGUCCGAAAUUGAAUGGGACCCGACCUGUGAUAGCUAACAUUUCUGCUGACCAAUGAAGGGGAAUCCACCCUAGUGGAUCCACUGGUUAAAAUUAAGCUAGAGAAAUUGGAACAGGAGAUGCGAUUUUUAAUAGAUACAGGAGCCUCUUAUUCAGUGUUAAACCAGAAACCAAUACCAGAGGAUAAAGACUUUGUGACUGUGAUAGGAGCCACUGGCCAACAAGGGAAAGCCUUUUUCUUAAAACCAUUGAAAUAUAAAUUGGGAAAACAAAUGGGGAUACACAGGUUUUUAUAUCUGCCUGGAUCUUCAAAAUCUCAGUUAGGUCAAGAUUUGUUGGAACAAUUAGAAGCAGAAAUUGUUUUUGAAAAAGGGAAAAUGGAGUUAAGGAUAGGAGAAAAACAACUAAUAAAUGUGUUGAGCUUGGCACUGAUACAAACUGAUCCUAAAAGUGAAAUACCCUCAGAGAUCACACAUCAAGUAUAUCCAGGAGUUUGGGCCACUGAAGUCCCUGGAAAAGCAAAAAAUGUGACCCCAAUAAUUAUUAAAACCAGGAGAGAAACCUGUUAAGGUUAAACAAUAUCCUUUGAGGAUAGAAGAUAGGAAAGGAAUUAAAGAAAUAAUUGACAAAUUCUUACAGUAUGGGUUAUUAGUUGAAUGUGAGUCCGAAUACAACACACCCAUAUUGCCAAUCAAAAAGGCAAAUGGAAAGUUAUAGACUGGUUCAGGAUUUGGGGGCCAUAAAUAAAAUCACCGAGGAUAUACAUCCAGUAGUGGCAAACCCUUAUACUUUGCUGACUAAAUUAAAGAAUAAUCAGGUUUGGUUUACCGUACUGGAUUUAAAGGAUGCCUUCUUCUGCCUAACCUUAGCCACAGAAAGCCAAAAUCUAUUUGCCUUUGAAUGGGAAAACUCCAACUCAGGCAGGAAGACACAGUUUACGUGGACAGUACUACCUCAAGGUUUCAAGAAUAGCCCCACCAUUUUCGGAAACCAAUUAGCAAAGGAACUUGAGACCUGGAUGCCUCCAGACACUGAGGGAACUUUGUUACAAUAUGUAGAUGAUCUUCUAAUAGCUGUCGAGACUAGAGAGAGUUGUAUUCAAUGGACGAUAAGUCUCCUUAAUUUUCUGGGUUUAAAUGGAUAUCGAGUCUCCCAACAGAAAGCCCAGCUGGUUCAACAACGAGUGACCUAUUUGGGAUUUGAAAUUUCGGGAGGACAAUGAGAACUAGGAACUGAACGGAAGGAGGUCAUCUGUCGGACUCCAGAACCCCAAACGGUAAAGGAGCUACGAACUUUUCUCGGAAUGACAGCUUCUUUUCUUAGUGGAACUCUGGAUGAAGCAAUAACACAUGAUUGUAUAGAAAAAAUGGAGGCUGUAUAUUCUAGUUGGCCUGAUCUUAAGGAAGAACCUUUGGAAGAUGCUGACGAAUCCUGGUAUAUGGAUGGAAGCAGCUUUGUGAAACAAGGACAACAUAAGGCAGGGUAUGCCGUAACAACCUCUCAACAGGUAAUUGAGUCUAAAUCAUUACCUCCUGGGACGUCUGCCCAAAAAGCAGAGAUAAUUGCUGUUAACGUGAGCAUUGGAACUGGCAGCGGGAAAGAAAAUAAAUAUUUGGACAGAUUCUAAAUAUGCAUUCGGUGUGGUGCAUGCUCAUGGAGCGAUCUGGAAAGAAUGUGGAUUUUUGACUGCUCAAGGAAAACAGAUAAAACAUGCUGAAGAAAUUUUAAAACUGCUAGAAGCUAUAAAACUACCAGAAAAGGUAGCUGUCAUGCAUUGUUGGGGACACCAAAAAGGAAACGCCAACUCUGAAAUUGGAAAUCGAUUGGCAGAUCAAGAGGCUAAGCGAAUAGCUGAAAUUACUGAAGGCAUUGUCUUUAAUAUCAGACGACUUUUUCAGGAUAACCCCUAGAGGAGAGAUGGAAUGGACCGUACCAAGUGUUGUUGACAACUCAUAUAGCUAUCAAGAUUAAAGAACAAGCCGCUUGGAUUCACUAUUCAAGAGUGAAGAAAGCUCCUGAGAAAUCGUGGACCGUCACCCCAACAGGACCCAUAGGACUGCGAUUCUUCAGGUCAUAAUUAUAAUCGGGUGGCUACCAAAUUUGUACUUAACUUUAUGGAAUAAGAACACACAUGUAUUUCUGGUACAAGGAAUCUCUCAGACUCUGAAUAAAACUGAUUGUUGGAUAUGUACACAUAUGCCCAAGUAUGGAGAAAAGGGUAUAUCAUUGAUCGGAAUCCCAUUGCCUAGGAAUCAGUCUUGGAAAAGUCUUUGGGAAAAUACCUCUUGGAAUAUUGGAAAUGAUGAAACUCUGAAAUUAGAAGUAAAUAGCCCUAAGGUUCGAGAGUCAUACUAUACGUGUGUUCAGAGAUGUAAUCCACCCAAGGACAAGGGAAACUGGAUUGCAAUUCUGUAACUUAUGUGGGAAAUCAAAGCUCCUGUAAUACCACUGGUACCUCGACUUUUGUUAGCUCCACAGCUUGGCCAGUGCCGGAAGGAAGAGGAUGGUAUUGGUUGUGUAAUGAUACGGCCCAAAAAAGUUUUACUGAAAAACUGGAUGGGAACAUGUACCUUAGGAGCAGUAGUUCCCAACAUGACGUUACAUGAUUGUUUGUCAAAAGGAUACUUGAGAAAUCAUAUUCGGAGAAUUGGAUGAGAAAUUAAAAAUCCUUUGAUAGAAAAACCAAGUGCUUUUCAUAGCUUUGCCUGAUGGUUUAUACCGUGGUUAGGGGUAAGUGAACUGGAAAAGACUAUAGUCAAUAUAUCAGCAAUGAUAGAAAACUUGGAAAACAAAACAAUCGAUGCUAUAAAGGCACAGCAAAUAGAAAUAUCUAGCUUGUCACAAGUGGUAUUACAAAACAGAAUGGCUUUGGAUUUAUUAUUGGCUGCUCAAGGGGGAGUAUGUACAAUUAUUAAUACCAGUUGUUGUAUAUACAUAGAUCAGAGUGGAAGAGUUUCCACUGAUUUAGAAGAAAUUUGGAAACAAACCAGAGUAUUACACAAGAUUACAAAAGAUGAUCUUUCUUGGGGAUUUGAAGAAAUAUGGAACAAGCUGACUUCUUGGUUACCUAACCUUCAAUGGCUGAAGCAGAUUUUUGUUGUAAUAAUUAUCUUUAUAAUAUUUGUAAUAUUUGUAUGUAUAUUAUUUAGGUGUAUGCUUUGGUGUUUGGAAGCAAGUAGAUACAUAUGAUGCAAAGGAAUUUGCAUGUACCUAGAAAAGGGGGGAAUGAUAUUGUAUGAAUUCACUUUAGGAUAGAAUAAACCUUGUAGUUAAAAUAUAAUGAAUGUAAGAAAUAUAUUCUGAUGAAACUAGUAGUUGCAUAACAAAAGCUGCUAUGAAAUCCUCUGUACAGCCCUGUAAAGGUUAAGAACUUUAUAUUUGCUCAAAGAAUGUAGGUAUAGUAAUUAGGUCAUGUAACCAUAGUCUGAAAGAAAUAAAUAAUGAAAUAACUGAUGAAAGAAGGAGUCAGUUUCUCUAACUUUCUCUAACAAGGGGCCUGUUUAUAAGUUAUCUAGAGGGAGCGACUAAAAGAAACAAGCAGAAGAAACAGAUGGUCAACAAGGACAUAGAUUAGCUCAGACUGAUAAGAACACUGGAAACUUGCAAGAUCAUCACAUACCAGGCAAAAGGUGAAAAGUACACCAUGAGGAAGACCUGUGGCCUUCCUCGCAGAGACCACCGCCCAACAUCCCGAAGACCCCUGCCCACAAUUCUUGGAGGAAUUUGCGCAAGCGCAAAGGACUGAUAAGCUAAUUAACAUACGAAGCGAGAGUAGGCGGGGUUAGGUAACGAAUAUGUAAAGGCAUUAAUGGAAUAUUCAUUGUUUUAUUGUAUAAAUAUAAGAUAGUUAGUUACUUUAGACAUGCACGUUAGGCGGAAGGAUCCCCCGUGCAUCCAGCGCUGCCAAUAAAGGAUACUUAGUCACUAAGAAAUUUUGACUUUGUUCUUUAAAUCAGUUUAAACACUAAGGUUUCAGUCUUACAGUUAACAGCAAAUGAGCUGAGUAAACCCAAAGAUCUCAUUCUGCAGGACAGAAGCUGCUCUCAUCCCUGCGUGAGAGGGGUGUUAAGUGAGAAUAUAAACACGUGAGGCUGAAGGAAACACGGAGGAGGUGCUGCUGGGUUGCUGCUAACCCAGAGGUUGCUGCCAGGUGAAGCAGAUGGUCAUAAUGCUGCAGACUUGUACAGCUGUGUGCUUCUUAGAUCUGUUCAGGAUGCAUGUAGAAAUGCAAGGGAGAUGAAGAAAACACAGGUAGAUUCUGAUGAACACACACUUAAUAUAGCUUAAAUACCAUAGUAAUAGUUGUGGCUACCUUCUUGAAGCACAUAACUGUAUAUAUAGCUCUUUCAUUUUCCCUUCAAGCAGCUCUGCAAAAGAAGGAUUUCUGUACAAAGUCAUACACAGCUAAUACAGUGUUGGCAUGUGUGAGACAUACAGUUGAAAACCUACAUUUUCAGUUCCUGCAAAUGGAACAACAAUACUCAUGUAAGUUUUGCGCUGCCUCACACUAAAAUGGUGAAAAACAGUUUAGAAUUGAAUUUUAUUAUUCCUUUCAGUAAUCAUGACAGUCUUGUGUCAAAACAGUGGUUUAUCAUAUAAAAGGGAGGGAAAGAAAUGUAAAAAAAGAAGUAGUGUAAAAAUAAAACUGCAAAAGUAUUCCAGGACAGCUUAGGAGGCAGAGUAUCAACAUGUGCUGUUUCCUUGAUCUAAGGUCCCUUUGAAUCUAAACCAAACCUGUGUAUUCAGAUUCUUGUAACUGUUCAAAGAUUUGGAAAUGAGAUUAUUAAAGUCAAAACGCAUGUUCAGAGUUCAGUUUUGCAAGUUUCCCUUAGCUUUUGACUAGCUUGAACUCUGCAAACAGACAUUGUAAAAACUUUGGCUUUGAGUUUGGCAUGUUGUACUUCGGCUCUUGCAUGCUAGUUAUCUGUUCUCAUAAUAAUGACUAGAAACCUAACCUGCAACUAGACUGUUAAAGUAACUUCUGGAAGGGUUUGUUUCCUUCUCUUUCCUCCACCCCCUUAAGACUUUUUGUCUUACGGGAUUUGUUUGCAAUCUGUUAGCUGAAGCUCUGAGGCAAGUCUGCCAAAUCUGGGGCUGCAUCAUCGUUCUGCACAUCUGGAAGUGGUUUGUGAGCUCUCAUUCCUCCAGUGCGGUGUCUGGACUCUGUGCUAUUCCUCAGCAGCAAAGAAAAGAAAACCAGCACAACUCCAAAGUAAACUUUGAAGAGUUUGAAAAAGGAAUUACAUCUUAAAACUGUUACUGUGCCCUGUAAGGCCCUUGUGCGGGGGACUUCAAAGGAGGAUGAUGGUCAAGGAAGCUUUGGCAAGAGUGCUUACAGCUGUGGGCUAUCUAGGAUCCGAGUAAAUAGCUCUACAGCUCUUCAGGAGAGAGGAGUCCCGAAUACUGUGCUGCUUUGAAGAGAUCACAGUUCUCAUCCAGCAGGACACAUGGCUCUUUUAAAGAAAAUCAACCAGAUCUUACUGUUACUUCUUGUCUUAACUGUGUGUGCCAUUCUGUAUAACAAAGUUCACCAAGUGUCAUCUGCAUUAAAGAAUGAAACAGUUGAUUUGGAGAGUCCUGAGGAAAUGGAAGAAGACAUCCCAGUUGUAAUCUGUGCAGCUGCAGGCAGAAUGGGUGCAACUAUAGCAGCAAUCAGUAGCAUCUACAGCAACACAGAGGCUAAUGUUUUGUUCUACGUAGUUGGGCUGAAGACUACCAUCCCACAUAUUCGAAAAUGGAUUGAAAGUUCUAAACUGAAAGAAAUAAAAUUUAAGGUUGUGGAAUUCAACCCUAUGGUACUAAAAGGAAAAAUCAGACAAGAUGCAUCACGUCCUGAGCUACUGCAGCCUCUGAACUUCGUUCGAUUUUAUCUUCCUUUGCUUAUCCAGAAACAUGAGAAAGUAAUAUAUUUGGAUGAUGAUAUCAUUGUUCAAGGUGACAUCCAGGAACUCUACGAUACUAAGUUAGCUCCGGGACAUGCUGCAGCAUUUUCAGAUGACUGUGAUCUGCCUUCUACACAUGAAAUGAUUAGAAGUGUAGGGAUGCAGAACACAUACAUGGGAUUCCUGGACUACAGAAAGCAAGCAAUUAGAGAUCUUGGCAUCAGCCCCAGCACCUGCUCCUUUAAUCCUGGAGUAAUUGUUGCUAACAUGACUGAAUGGAAACAUCAGCGGAUUACAAAACAGUUGGAAAAGUGGAUGCAAAGGAAUGUAGAGGAAAACCUCUACAGCAGCACCCUUGGGGGAGGUGUGGCAACCUCUCCAAUGCUGAUUGUAUUUCAUGGAAAGUAUUCCACUAUUAAUCCUAUGUGGCACAUCAGGCAUCUUGGUUGGAGUCCUGAUACCCGUUACUCAGAGCAUUUUCUUCAGGAAGCUAAGUUACUUCAUUGGAAUGGGAGAUACAAACCUUGGGACUAUCCCAGUGUUCACACUGAUAUCUGGGAAAACUGGUUUAUUCCUGACCCUUCAGGGAAGUUCAAACUAACUCGUCCUGACAGCUGAUACUGCAAAACCUAGUGUAUGGAUGCAUUUAAGCAGUUUCAGUAUGUAAUAGUUUGAAAUGCGACAUGUUUUAUAAUUAACUGAUUUUAGAAAACUAAGUAUUUGUUAAAUAUAUGAAUAAAUGAC